AAGAACAAAAUAAAAACACAGAAAUCAAUCAAAACAAAAUAGAAGAGAUAAAGGGAUUGAUCUGAAAAACAAAUUGAUAGAAUGAAGAAGGAGAAAGGUAAAUCAAUAAGCGUAUCAAGCCCAGUGAGUGGCGAAGAAAGUGAUGAAAAACAACAAUUCCCCUCCGUCAGAUUCUCUUCUCGUAACGCUUCUUCCAAAUACGAUUUCGUCAAGGUGAAAGUGUGGUUGGGUGAUAAUGCCGAUCAUUACUAUGUUCUUUCUAGAUUUUUGCUAUGUAGAACGCUAACUGUAACCAAGAUUCCAAAUCAUGUAGCUAUCAAAAUUGCUCUCGAAUUGAAGAAGCUGCUCAUAGACAACAGCCUUCUAGAUGUCUCGCAGUCCGAUUUGGAAGUCAACCUAUUUAAGCUUAUGGAGCGGCGAGGAUAUGGAGAAGAGUACAUUAAUCGCUAUAAGAUGAUGACAAGGUUUCACCAUCAAAGAGUUCCAUUAGUAAUCCUCGUCUGUGGUACUGCUUGUGUUGGAAAGUCUACUAUUGCAACCCAGCUUGCUCAAAGGCUAAAUUUGCCAAAUGUGUUACAGACAGAUAUGGUUUACGAAUUGUUACGCACAUCAACAGAUGCACCAUUGGCUUCAACUCCAGUAUGGGCCCGAGACUUCGAUUCAUCAGAGGAGUUAAUAACUGAAUUUUGCAGAGAAUGCAGGGUUGUUCGUAAAGGGUUGGGUGGUGAUUUGAAAAAGGCAAUGAAAGAUGGAAAACCAAUUAUAAUCGAGGGAAUACAUUUGGAUCCUAGCAUUUAUUUAGUGGAUGAUGACAACAAAACGCCUUCCAGUGCAUAUGCCCGAAAUAAAGAAAUAGAUCCGGUGUCUGCGCAAUUGGAUGAUAAUACUGCAAUAAACACACAAAAUAUUAAUGUGGAUAGUGGUGAUGAGACGAAUAGUGAAUCCAAGAUUUUGAGCUCCAAUGAGGGAGUAAAUGAUGAAACGGUGGAUGCAGUAUCAAGUUCCAUGCCAUCCUUGAGCCUAAAUGGAAACAUCACUGAACAUAAAGAUGUUUCUUUUGCGGAACCGGCGUUGGACAAAAUAAUUGUUGGUAAGGAGAAGUCAGGCCCCAAACCAAUAAUCGUGCCUAUUGUUUUGAAGAUGGCUGAAUUUGAUCAUAAGGCAUUACUUGAAGAGUGGAUCUCCUCUCGUACAUUUAUCGAGAAGUGCCCUGAUAAGGAUCUUGAUAAGCUCAUAGCCAACUUGAAAACCAUACAGGAUUAUCUGUGCUCGUUCACAUCACAGGGGUUGACCGUGGUAAAUGUUUCAGCAACAACAUUUCCUCAGACAUUGGAUUGGCUUCAUGGUUAUCUUCUUCAGUGCAUCGAGCAAGGUACUUCAUUAGGGUCACAUGAAAAUGUUACACCUGUAGCUCCAAAAUAGAUUUUAUGAUGAUUCCAAAAUAGAUUCAACUUGACGUUGGAAGUGGAUGAUGCUGGAAAAUAAAUUACUUUCAAAUCCAAAGGGAAAGGAAACUAGUUGCUCUCUCAUUCAUGACUUGGAAAAAAAAAAAUCAGUAUUUCCCUUGUAAAACUUGUAAUUAUUAAAUCCAUCAUUUUAUGAUACCAAAAGAAAAAAAUCCAUCAUUAUCAUUUUAACUGAAUUAAUUAAUUAAUUAAUUAUGUCUUUUC